CGCGGCAUCACCAAACCUUGUUCUUGCCCCUCCUGCACAGUCUCGCGCGGCCAACCAACCCCCGCUGACCGAUGAUGCUCCGACUGACCGUCCUCACCGACACUCGGUCCGUGCCUUGUUCUUCAUCUCUCUUGUUUCGACCGUCAUCCGAGCCAGCCCUAGCCAACCCUGAACGGGAGCGCUAGCGAUGAUUCUGUCCGGCAGUCCGUGCAGAUGUCAUCUCGGCGAGGAUUCUCAUUGGGCAGGACGAGCACGCUGCAGCCAGGGGAAGCGUGUAGGAGCAUCAUGCGAACCGACGAUGAUGGUCGACCAGCUAGUCGUAUACCUGACGUGUAUGGUAGGGAGCGUGAAAAACUGGCGGCCCAUGGCGAGUACCGAGGGGAGGCGGAUGCGGUAUAUACUGAGGGUCACCCCCUCAUUGUCACCGGGUUUCGACGGCAGCGCGCCUCGUACGAAGCAAGACCACACUCGUCCUACAUAUACCUACAUAUACCUACAUAUACCUACUCUGACGCCUAUCGACGUCUUGCCAUGAACGCUCAGCGCGACUACUACGAGCCCAGCAGUCACACAUACGCAAUGCCUCACCCCAACCGCCGUCUCCGCAUCGACACGCGCACGCAGCACAUCGAUGCGCUCGAACAGCGCUUCUCCUCGCCCAGCCUCGUGCCCGGCAUGGGCAUCAUGAGCCUGCUGUCGAUGCUGUUGCACAUUGAGGAGAAGAGCUACGACCAGCAGUUCUCGCCGCGGCGCGCCAGCUUCCCGCGGUCCAACCAGCCCCGCAUCGUCGUCACGCCUGCGCCCGAGUCGCGGAUGGCGACCUGAGGAUGACGGAGUGCACGAGAACGUGCGUGAACAAUCAGAAGACGGAGCAGGUGUGAACAAUUCGAAGACGGAGCAGGUGUGA